UUUUCACUGUGAAGUCCACAAGGUUUCCUUUCCUCUUCUUUCACUUUAUUUAAUCCUUAUUGGGGAUAAACAAAUCGGAUCUAAAAGGGUCAAAGCAGAGUCUCCUCCUCCUGCAGCCACCAUGAAGAUAGCAUCGUUUAACGUCCAGAAGUUUGGAAGGAGCAAAGUGUCAGACACAGAUGUCCUCAAUAUCCUGAUAAAGGUCGUGUCGCGAUAUGACAUCAUUGUGAUCCUGGAGGUGGUGGACAUCAGUGGAGAUUCUGUAAAAACCUUCCUGGAUGCACUCAACAAAGCCAACAGGAAGCAUCACUACACCCUGAAGAUCAGCAGUCGCCUGGGCCGAACACGCUACAAGGAGCAGUUCAUGUUCCUGUACAGGGAUGACUUGGUUGACUUGGUGGGCUCCUAUCAGUUUGAUGACCAGGUGGCCGAGGGAGGAGACAUUUUCGCUAGAGAUCCUUACAUCCUGCGAUUCAGAUGCCUCAAUACAGUGCUGAAGGACCUGGUAAUGAUCCCAGUUCACACCAAACCAGAUGACUCGGAGAAGGAGUUGGACGAGCUCUACGAUGUCUUCCAGCACAUCAAGAAGAAGUGGAGGACCGACAACGUGAUGAUCCUGGGCGACUUCAACGCGGACGGCUCGUACGUCUCCAGGAGUGAGAUGAAGGGUAUCCGUAUCCGUAUGGACAAGAACUUCCACUGGCUGAUUGGAGACGACGUCGACACCACGGCGAGCAACCGAAAUGACCACACAUACGACAGGAUAGUGGUUUACGGAGAUGCCAUGGUCCAAGCUGUCGUACCGAACUCUGCCAAACCUUUCAACUUCCAGAAGGCAUAUAGACUCAGCGAAGAACAGACUCUGAAGGUGAGCGACCAUUACCCUGUGGAGGUGGAGCUGAAGUCCACGACUAGCGGAGCACAGGAAGAUGAUGAUCUUGAACUGUCGCAUAAGUCGACGCCGCCGCUGCGGCUCGUGGAGGAGGAAGAGGAUCUGCUGGAGCUGGAGAGAGGAAACCUGCUGCUGAAGAGGGAGAAGCUCGGCCUGGAGAUCCAGAUGCUCCGGCUGAAGAUGGCCAGCAUGAAACGCAGAGAUGAACUUUAAAACUCAGGAAGCCAAAAACACCUGCAACAGAACAAUGAACUCCUACUCUAACCCCAUCACCACCUAUAGAACCACUACAGUGCACUGUACCUCCUUACCUCACCUAGAAGAACUCUUCUCAGUUCGUGUUUUGACUGAAUGAAGCUAUCGAGUUGUCUGUCUUGUUGAAAUAUAUUAAAACUGGCUUAUUUGUUACGUACAUUCUUUGACUGAUUCUUCUAUAUUUGAUUCUCAGCACAAACUAAGUGUGACCCGACAGGUUUGGGCGCUAUGAAGUCGGUGCCUUCACUUGACUAGUACAUACUCCAUUACUCAUUUGGUCCAAAAUCCAGCAGCGGAUGCUGCAGCAUCUUCAGUGAAACUCUUCAGACGCCAGUGAUGACUGAAACGUUUUAUUUGAUGUUAUCCUGACCUGUGAGAGGCAGUCUACCGGAAAUCCAAAGAGAAGUAUCCUCCUCCUGUUCGUCACAGACUAGCUGUACGUUCCA